GGCAGAACCAAAGUGCUCUCCGGGCCGCGAUUGUUUUGAAGACGCGCGCAUCCCCCUCCUCCGGCGAGGCGUGUAGCUGGUGCUGGCCGCGGGGGGCCGCGGCGCCGCGGGCGGUCGGGCAAGUUGGCCUGAGCCACCCGCCGCGCCAGAAGCCGAGGGCCCCGCGGGGCGCUGGCUGUGGGGCAGCCGGGCCAUCCUGGCGAGAGAGACGGAGAGGUGAAGGGGCGGGGACCGCGGCCACCGAGAGGCUGGCUGCUGGCCAGGCGGCCGAAGCUGGAGGAUUCUAGGAUGGCAGCGGUCCCUGAGCGCUCCUCUCUAGCCUCCGCGCCCUGCCUGGGCAGUGCAGUGGGUCCUUCCCAGCCGGCUCCUCCAGCUCAGGCGGGUUUACAUCUUCAGCGCUGUCUUCCUCAUGCUUCCCCCUCUCCAGUGCAUUGGUUUUAAGCCCUUGCUGGUGUCUUCCGAGGAGAGGGAAUGGUCACUUGUGCCCGUGCUCACUUGGGUUUCAUGAGACAACGCCUGUAAGGUUUGAUUUAUGCAUAACACAGAGAAAGUUACUCUAACAUCACUCUGAUCAAAACCAAGCAAUUUUGCUGUGGAAAGUUGCAUCAUCGUGCUUAAUAAUAAAGAACUUUCAGAUUAAAACAAGGUGAGCCAACCAUGACGGGCAAAACACAGACCAGCAACGUUACCAAUAAGAAUGACCCCAAGUCCAUCAACUCCAGGGUUUUCAUCGGCAACUUAAAUACAGCCAUUGUCAAAAAAGUCGACAUUGAAGCUAUUUUUUCAAAGUAUGGAAAAAUCGUUGGCUGCUCCGUUCACAAAGGGUAUGCUUUUGUUCAGUACAUGAGUGAGCGCCAUGCAAGAGCUGCUGUGGCUGGAGAAAAUGCCAGGGUCAUCGCAGGCCAGCCUCUUGAUAUUAAUAUGGCAGGGGAACCCAAACCGUACAGACCAAAGCCUGGAAACAAGAGGCCCCUUUCUGCUCUUUACAGGCUUGAAUCAAAGGAGCCAUUUCUGUCUGUUGGUGGUUAUGUCUUCGACUAUGAUUACUACAGAGAUGACUUCUACAGUCGGUUGUUUGAUUACCAUGGGCGUGUGCCUCCGCCUCCUCGAGCUGUCAUCCCACUAAAGCGUCCCAGAGUGGCUGUCACUACCACACGCAGGGGAAAAGGAGUCUUUUCCAUGAAGGGGGGAUCCAGAUCUACUGUUGGUGGGUCAUCUUCAUCAGGCUCUAAGUUGAAAUCAGAUGAGUUACUGACAAUCAAGAAAGAAUUAACCCAGAUCAAAACUAAAAUUGACUCCUUGCUAGGGCGCCUGGAGAAGAUUGAGAAACAGCAAAAGGCAGAAGCAGAAGCUCAGAAGAAGCAGUUGGAGGAGAGUAUAGAGCUGAUCCAAGACGAAUGUGUGUCAGAGAAUGCAGACCACUCCAUAGAGGAGCCUGCUGAAGGAGGGCAAGAAGCGGAUGGAGGAGAGAUGACUGAUGGGAUAGAGGAGGACUUCGAUGAAGAUGGGGGUCACGAGCUGUUUCUACAGAUAAAGUGAUCUGAAGUAGUGUCCAAUAGUGAAAAAGAAGAAAAGUGAAACUGUGACAUGUGGAGGAAUGAGGAAGAUGAUUUCACAAUGCACAGCAGCAUCUCUGAUUCAGUUUAUAUAAAAUCCCCAGUCAUACGGACAGUAUUGUUCACUUUCAAAACUACCGUUUCUUCUGUGUUACGAGCUGUAUAAUUGUUGUUUUAUUGUUUACAUUGCAAAUGUGUUUUCUCCUUUGCUUAUUUUUUUAGUCUUACAUUGUAAAAGACAUUAAUGAGUGAUGAGAGAGACACUGUACACAAAUGUAUAUUUGUAAAAGCUAUUUUUAUGAUUAGCAUGUGUCAUCAUUGAUCACACAGUCAUGUGGUGUUGCAAUCCUACAUUUAGAGCUUGUUUCCAACAAUGUCAUAAGAAAAAUAUA